AAAGUUUGAUAUAUUUAUGUUUACAUUAGACAAAACUGGUGAAGAUCUUUACUCGUUACUCAACGAAUCAAAAUGUUUAAAAACAUCAAAUAAAUCAGUAAUUUAUGGAAUACGAAACGAACAUUUACCACCAAUUUAUAAAUCUUUAAAAGAUCUUGAAGUUCCAAUUGAAGCCACUUUUAAUAAUUACUUUUAUUAUUUACCAAAAGAAGAAGCGUUGAAGUAUUCAAUUGAGUGUCCCGAUGAUGUUUACAUCGAUAAAUUAAACUUGUCUCAUGUAGAUUUAAUAUGCAGUUUAUGGCCCCAUGCUUUCCCUGGCGCGGAACAGUAUUUGUCAACUUAUAUUGAAAUGAACGAUGGAUUCGGAGUCUUUUUAAAAGAAAACGGUCGAUUGGUAUCUUGGAUACUUCAAAAUCAUUGGGGAACAUUAACAGUUUUAGAAACUGUUCCUGAAUUUAAACGAAAAGGUUAUGGAUCAUUGAUCGUGAAGAAAAUGUGUGUAGAAAUUGCUAAAGAAGGAAUUAAUCCUUUGUGUACUAUUAUUACUAAGAAUAAGGCUUCACAAAGUUUAUUUUUAAAGUUAGGAUUUCAAUAUUUAGGAGAUUGUACCUAUGUAGCUAUUAAAUAAGUAAUAAUAUUAAUUAUCGGAAAUGUACAGGAAAACAUUUAAAUUAAUUUGUGUUCAGAUGAUUUAGAAUAAUACAAUAGUAGUUUUAUUAUUAUUAUUA